AUGCAGGGACCAUCAGAAGGCCUAGUGCCGUACAGCAGCAUGGCCGGCAAACUCGACCAGAAGCUCUUGCAAGCCCUCAACGUUAUGGGAUUCGAGCACAUGUCGCCUGUCCAGCAUAAAGUCCUCACAGAACUCCCCAACUGGCGGAGCGACUGUCUCGUGCAAGCAAAGACUGGCACUGGAAAAACGGUCGCCUUCCUGCUACCCGCACUGCACUGCUUAAUACAAGGCCAAAGCCGAGUACGAAAAGGGCAAGUCGCCGUCCUAAUCAUAACACCAACCAGGGAACUCGCACAGCAGAUCACGCAGCAAUGUGACCAGCUUACAUCGCAGCUUGGCGCGCCGCUCGAGUGCCAUUUUGCUGUUGGUGGAACGGCAAGGGCGUCUGCGCACUCGCGGUUUAUGAACGGCUCGCCUUCGAUCCUUGUAGCUACGCCCGGCCGACUAAAGGAUUAUCUCUCUGAUCCCGCAACCGCGGAGAAGCUCAAUGACAUUCAGACGCUUAUUCUCGAUGAAGCGGACAGAAUGCUCGAGGCUGGGUUUUUGGUCGAGAUCAAGGAAAUCCUUAAGCUCAUCCCGCCCAAGAGCGCCGGCUGGCAAGGUAUGUGCUUCUCAGCCACAGUCCCGCCAAAGGUCAGAGACGUGGUCAACGUUGUCCUCAAGCCAGGAUACAGCAGCAUCUCAACCAUAGACGAGAACGAAGCACCUACCCAUGAGCGCGUGCCACAGUACCACGUCACCAUCCCCUCGGUCGUCGACACAUUCACAGCGCUCACCUCGCUCCUCAACCUCGAAAUCCAAAAGGCCUCCAAGAUCAUUGUCUUCGGCGUCACUGCCAACAUGGUUGCGCUCUUUCACGACCUCUUCGUGCAAGGCCUAACACCACUCCAAACCUUCGAGAUUCACUCGCGCCUCUCCCAAGCCGCCCGUACGCGCACAACAACGCAGUUCAAAGAAGCCGAGUCAGGAAUUCUCUUCGCCUCCGACGUCAUCGGCCGCGGCAUGGACUUCCCGAAUGUCGACCUUGUCGUCCAAGUCGGUCUCCCGUCCAGCGGCGAGCAAUACGUGCACCGCGUCGGGCGAACCGCACGCGCAGGCAACGACGGCCGCGCCAUCAUCCUCCUCACAACGGCAGAAUCAUUCUUCCUCCGCAAAAACUCCCACCUUCCCAUCCAGCCGCACCCCGAAACAGCCGCCAUCUUCGAAAAGAUACCCAACUGCAGCUCCGCAGUAGAGACAGCCAUGCACGCCAUCGACGAAACAACGAAGCAGCGCGCGUACUCCUCGUACAUCGGGUUCUUUGCGGGCUCAAUAAAACCGCUUGGUCUCGAUAAGGCGGGUCUCGUGCGUCACGCUAACGACCUCGCUAUCCGUGGCAUGGCAUGCCCCGAGCCACCCGCCAUGGACAAGAAGAUCGUCGGCAAGAUGGGGCUCAAAGGGGUUCCGGGCUUCAAUUAUGCCACUCCAGCGGAGUUGGCGGCUAAGAAGGCGCCCAAGAAUCGCCCUCAGGCUAAGGCUAAUGGCAGCGGCAAUGACACCCCGCCAACGGGGAAAUCGCGGGAUGCGUUGAGCCCUCCUAAUGGAAGGGGCGGACGCAAGUACGGUGGCGUUGAGAAGAAGGGUGGUCGUGGAGGAGGUCGUUGA